AUGUCCAGCAAAGCAUCUGGCGUCGCCCACGCCGUUAGCUCAGACGGCCUGCGUCAACGGUCGAACGUCCUCGCAACAGAACUUGUCAUCACAGAGCACGGCCGCGAGCGCGACAAAGAGCUCGACAAGCACAAUGGUUGGGAGUUUGGUGGGCCAUGGGGCGUUACCGCAAUCAUGACAUUCUUCCCGCUGCUCAUGUACUACCUGUGGAUAUGUCUUUGGUUCUACGACGGAAACCUUGUCUACCCCACCUCCCGUGAUGAUAUUAAGCCCUUCUUGCAAACCAUGUGGGGGCACAUAAAGAAGGACGCAAGCCCGAACGCGUACGCCUGGAAAGUCUACUCGGGCAACUUUUUCUUCCAGUUGUUCAUCGCCAUGAUCCUUCCCGGCUAUCCCCAGGAGGGUCUCCCCGUUCCCUCCCUCGGCUACAAAACGCUGCACUAUAACUGCAACGCCCUCGUCUGCCUCUAUGUCACCCUCGUCACCGCAGGCUUCCUCCACUACUACCACAUCUUCCGUCUCACUGAGAUCAUCGACAACUAUGGUCACCUCAUGACUGUCUCCAUGAUCUACGGUUUCGGUGUGUCACUCAUCACCUAUGUCUGGGCUGUCACCACUGGCAACGCAAUCCGCAUGUCUGGCAACUUCUUCUACGACUACUUCAUGGGGGCCCCUCUUAACCCGCGGAUUGGUCCAGUUUGCCUCAAGAUGUGGGCCGAGGUUCGGAUUCCUUGGGUAAUUGUGUUCUUCCUUUCCGUUUCCGGAGCAUGCAAGCAGUACGAGACCCUCGGUUAUGUCACCCCCAAUAUGGCCUUCAUGAUCCUCGCCACUGGACUCUACAUCAACGCUUGCGCCAAGGGUGAAGAGUGCAUUCCUCAAACCUGGGAUAUCUUCCAUGAAAAAUGGGGUUUCAUGGUCAUUUUCUGGAACUUCUCCGGCGUGCCUUUCUCAUACGUUUACUCCGUCGUCUACAUGGCCUCCCACGACCCCGCCAAGUAUCGCUUCUCGACCUUUGGCUAUGUGUUUAUCUACACCACCAUCCUUUGCGCUUACUAUGUCUGGGACACUGCCAUGGCACAAAAGAGCCAUUUCAAAAUGCAAACUCAGGGUAUCUACAAGUUCCGUAAGACCUUCCCUCAAUUGCCCUGGAAUACCAUCAAAAACCCGACCUACAUCCAAACUGCCCAUGGCAACCGACUUUUGACCAGCGGCUUCUGGGCAUACUCCCGCAAGCCCAACUAUGUCGCCGACUGGAUCAUGAGCUUGACAUGGGGUGCCAUCGUCGGUACUGCAACCAUCAUUCCUUACUUCUACUCCAUCUUCUUCAUUGUCGUGUUGCUGCAUCGCUGCACACGCGACUUUGAGCGAUGCUCGAAGAAGUACGGAAAGGACUGGGAGAGAUAUUGCCAGGUCGUUAAGUACAAGUACAUCCCUGGUAUUUAUUAA